CUCUACAGGAUGAGUAAUCGUAAAGCAAAACGGUGCUGUCGCAAACGUGAGGCCGAUAUGUGCAAACCUUGACUCGCAAAAGCAACUUAUACAGUGACUCAUGACGACGUGUCACCUGCGUGGCCGCCAAACUCGAGCUUAUGGCCUUGUUCAUUUAGCGCUGUGAUCAUCGGGUUCUUAGAAUACACCAUGAUCUAUAAAGGCGCGUUGGUAGGCAAGUGCAGCCGCCCCCAACAGCAUCUUGCGAUCCAUUGACCCAGCCUCAAAUCCUCAACCCCGACCGGGUGGAAAGCAUACUACAAUGCCUGUCAAGUUCAUCCUCUUCGACAUCUCGCCCAAGCUGGUGUCUGCCUGGAACGAGAGCUUCCCCAAUCUGGUCUCCAAGGACGUCUUAGAGAACAUCACCAUCAAAGGUGCCUCGCUGGAAGACCUCAACAUGCCCUUCGACACCGUCGUCUCCCCCGCUAAUUCCUUCGGCCGCCUUGACGGCAGCUUCGACCAAGUCCUCUCAGACUGGAUCGCGCCAGAGGACGACAACGACGCCCUUACGCACGCCGCCCAAGCCGUCCUCUACGCGCGCUGGCGCGGAUACGCCCCCGCCGGGACCUGCACCCUCGUCCCGCUCGGCAAGACAAAGUGCGCGAACAACAAGCUUGGGGUACGCCACGUCGCGCUCUGCCCAACCAUGCGAAUCCCCGAGAGCGUGCGGUGGCACAAGGAGGUCGUGUACAACUGCGUGUGGUCCCUCCUUGUCGAGAUCGACAAUCACAACGAGGCAAUCGCGGAGGACUCAGAGGGCGCGGCGAGAAGGGGAUUGAGGGAGAUUGAAACCGUCGCGAUGACAGGCCUUGCGACGGGAGUGGGCCGGGUGCCGGUGGACAUGUGCGCGCGGCAGAUGGCGCUGGCAUUCGCGCAUUAUUACGAGGCCAAGGCGAAGCCGGAGAAGUGGGGCGCACUGCAGUGGACUGACAUUAUAAACCUACCGAGUGACGCGCCGACGACGCGGGGCACCUGAUGUAAGGAUACCAGGACGUAGGGAGGUUUUGUGCGUCGACCCGAUGAAAGGAGUGGAGUGGGCGGAGGCAAUGUGCGAAUAGAUCCUUUAUGAGAGCUGUACGGUACAUGUAGUGAGGGACGCACACAUCGCUGGAGACAUGGAACACUCUCGAUAGCUGAUUCACGGACGGUAUUGAUGGUCAUGACGGCCGCUGGCCCGAGCGUCCCUUCAGGGCGGCUUGUGCCGCCUCCGCGAGGGCAAUCUCGUUCUGCUCCUCCGAGCUCGUCUGGGGGGCCGGUGUCUCCGCCUGCUGUUUUGCGAGUGCCUCUCUGCCUGCAGCCAACGUAUUCCGGUGGACGACCCCAAUCAUGACAGCACCCCACACAGUGAUCCCAAACAACGACCAGACAACACCACGAUGGAGGAUAUCGCCAAUGGAUAAGCGUGUUCUGAAAGCCAUUGCUAGCAGGGUUCCAGGAGAGAGAGGUACGG